GGAUCAGCACCAGCCUAUCUACAGCAUGGAGCGCGCGGCGCUGUGGAUCAGGACCACCGAAAGCAGCAGUGGCGGCGGCGCGGUGCCCAGCCUGGCUGAGGAUCUGCCGAAGCACGUCGCCUCCUUCCUCUACACUGGAGACUCCAAUGAACUCAGGCGUGCCAACUGCUCCAAAAGGUACGAGCUGAGCAGCUUGUCGGGGCUUUCUCCCAAAAUGACCCAUCAGUCGCUGAACAGCUCCGUGGAACUGCUGGUCCAUUCGACCAACUUUUUAAACAUGAUGUUGCAGAGCAAUAAUUCAAAGGAGCACCCUGCCCACAGGGACCUGGAGUGGUACAUGGCGCUGAUCAGGAGUGUUUUAGAAGGAGAGCCCGGCAUCCUGAGGUGUUCCAUCACUGUCAACGUGGAGCCACAUUCCCAUGUACCACAGGUGUUUCUGCAAGCUACCAGAGUGGAGGACAAGAUCCUACUGGAAGACUUGUCCUCCUCAACUCACCACUUGGCCAAUGCCAGCCAGGAAACUGACUGGUUCCACACCUUCAGACACAAGCAGAGGCCUCACCAUCACAAGAGGUCCACCAAUGGUGCUAAAACUUUGGAGGAAAGCUGGAGGAAGGGAACCAGCUACAUCACAGACAAAAGUCACGUCAAGUGGUCCGCUCCUUUUCUAGAAUGUGACCAAGGGAAGUACAAACCCAACUGGCUCUUAACACUCUCUACUGCAUUUUAUGGGCUUAAGCCAAACCUUGCACGGGAAUUCAGGGGAGUGCUUAAAGUGGACGUGAACUUGCAAAAAAUAGACAUUGACCAGUGCUCCAGUGACGGAUGGUUUUCGGGAACUCACAGGUGUCAGCAUAACAGUUCAAAGUGUAUGCCACAUAAGGGCCAUGGAUUUAUUCUCGGAGCCUACGAGUGCACUUGCAAGCCUGGAUUUUAUCAUCCUGACAUCUUUUCAGUGAAUGGCUUUCAAAGGCAGAGAGUGGAUAACCAUUUUUCUCGUGGAGAAAUAUCUGAAGAGGAAUAUAAGUGUCUGCCCUGCAGGGAAGGUUGUUCGUACUGCACGGGGGAUGCACCCUGCUAUGCUCAGGAGGACAAGUAUUUGCGGAUUGCUGUCAUCUCCUUCCAAGCCUUCUGCAUGCUGCUCAACUUCAUAAGCAUGCUAGUGGUCUACCAUUUCCGCAGAGCAAAGAGUGUUAGAGCAUCUGGACUCAUUCUUCUGGAAUCUAUUUUGUUUGGGUCACUUCUUCUUUACUUCCCAGUUGUGAUCUUAUACUUUGAACCAAGCAUAUUCCGAUGUAUGUUGCUCAGAUGGGUUCGACUGCUCGGCUAUGCUACAGUCUAUGGAACUGUAACACUGAAGCUGUACAGAGUUCUUAAGGUGUUCCUGUCUCGUACUGCCCAGCGAAUCCCUUACAUGACCAGCUGUAGGGUCAUGCGAAUGUUGUCGGUCAUCCUGUUAUUAGUGGUGUGGUUCCUGGUUGCCUGGACGUCUGCUGUAUUCCAGAACAUGGACCGAGACAUCCCCAUUAUUGUCAAGGGGGAAACUUCUGACCACCUUCUAUUUAACAUGUGUCUCAUAGAUCGAUGGGACUACAUGAUGGCAGUUGGUGAAUUUUUAUUUCUUCUUUGGGGUGUGUACCUCUGUUACGCGGUACGAACUGUCCCAUCUGCAUUCCACGAGCCGCGCUACAUGGCUGUUGCUGUUCACAAUGAGCUGAUUAUCUCAGCUAUUUUCCACACUAUUAGGUUUGUACUUGGAGCAAAACUUCAGCCAGACUGGAUGUUAAUGCUAUUUUUUGUCCACACUCAUCUGACUGUGACUGUUACAGUGGGGCUGUUGUUAAUACCUAAGUUUUCACACUCCCAUAACAUUCCAAGAGAUGACAUAGCAGCAGAAGCCUAUGAAGAUGAGCUAGACAUGGGGAGAUCUGGAUCCUAUCUGAACAGCAGUAUCACUUCGGCAUGGAGUGAGCAUAGCCUGGACCCUGAGGAUAUACGGGAUGAGCUAAAGAAACUGUACACUCAGUUAGAGAUCUACAAAAGGAAAAAGAUGAUUGCAAACAACCCUCAUCUUCAAAAAAAGAGGUGCUCCAAGAAAGGUUUGGGGCGAUCAAUUAUGAGAAGGAUAACAGAGAUCCCCGAAUCCGUUAGUCGUCAGUGUUCUAAAGAAGACAAAGAAGGUGGGGAUCACAGUAGCCCUAAAAAUAACAGCAGCAAGAAAAAUCACCAGGAUUCACAUGCUCAUAAUGCAAAAUUAAAGGAAGAGUCCACAAAACACAGGGGAUUUUCACUGAAAAAGUCUCAUAGCACCUACGAUCAUUUAAGAGGGCAGGAUGACAAACCCAAUGGACUUUCCACAGAAAAGGUUGACGUGUCUGAAAAUUCGAUACCGAAUUCUGUAAAUGGGAAAAAACUCAGUCACAGGGAGGCCGAAGAAUUAGAAGCCGUGUCUGCUGAAUCAGUGCCCUUGGUCUGCAAGUCUGCAAGCGCCCACAAUCUCACUCUAGAUAAGAAACCUUUGCAUCCAAGUUUAUCUGUCUUGCAAAAAUCCCUUAGUGCAAUUGCAAACUCUAAGGAUACAAAUUUAGGAUUAGGAGAAAAGACAAAAAGCUUGGAAGACUCUGAAAAAUAUAAAAAAAUGGAUUCUAAUGACAAGGAAGGCCAAAGAGGCAUGUCUUGUGGUGAUAAAGAGGAGAACAUAGAUCAGCAGCUACCAAAAACAUCAAGCCCUAUUGAGGAAACCCAAAAAAGUCACAAGCCUGGCAUAAUGAAGCAACAGGCAAUGAGUUUGUCGUUGGGGGAAGCUGAUAAAGCAAUAGGUGCUCUAGGAUUUAAGGACAAAUUUGAUAUAGAAGAAGUAUGCCCUUGGGAAAUGUAUGAUCUUACACCCACUGCUGUGCCUUCUGAAAACAAAGUACAAAAGCAUGUCUCCAUUGCUCCUUUGGACUCUGAAAAGAAUCACACAUCCCGCUCUAAAAGCAAAUCUCACAGUCGAUCUAAGACAACAGAACAAGGACAUCAUCAGUCGAAACAGAAAAGCCCAGGAAAAUCUGACCUAAAUAGAAGGGAUAGCCAAGAACAGGCCUUGAAAGACGAAAGUUACAAAAAACAUCAUCCUGGUGAUGGCGGAAUAACAGAUCAAGAAGCACUAAUGAAACAAAUAUCAUCUAGUUCACAAGAUAAAGAACACAGAAAGAAUAUUCCCAUCAUUGAAGGCAUACUACCACCUGUAGAUGGCCAUAUUAAUUCUAAUAACAAUUUGCCACAACCUUUAGCUCUUCGGGCCGAAGUGUGCCCAUGGGAUUUUGAAUCCCAGGAUGGAUUAAAUGUAAAAAAAGGUAAAUCUUCACCUACCAGCUCCGGUUUAAGUCCUUCAUCUCCAUCUGGAGACAUUCCAACAUCUCCUUCAAAAAAAAGAGGACUGGGAAUGCCAGCAAAAAAUUCUGCAACAUCUUCAAAAAAAGACGAAGGUCUUGAAAAAGAUAAAGGUCGAAAUAAAGGUCAUGAAAAAGAAUUGGACCCAAAAAGCUCAAAUGUUAAAAUGGACAAAUCCAAAAGUGCAGAGCUUUGCUCAGCACUCGGAGACCACAUGUUAGCUGUUCCAGUAAACAAAGGUAAAAGUACCUCAAACCAACAUGGCAUAGACAAGUGCAAAUUAGUCGAGGUAUGUCCUUGGGAAAACCUUUCUACUUCACAAUCAGAACAAGAUACUGAAGCCACUGACAGUAAACACAACAAAACAAUGCAAAAAUCAAAUAUGGUGGACAUAUGUCCCUGGGACUAUCAUGGCAAUGAUGACAAAGAAAAAUAA